AUGUCCAAAGGUUCGGAACCAGUUGGCGGGAAACUUCUGAACACAUUGAUGUACGCACGAACCAAGAUACCAACCGUCAUCAUGGGCGCCAACCAAGCUGAUGCCACCACCACUACCGAGGAGGCCGUUGCUGCGGAGGUCACAGACAAGCAGGAAGAGGCUGCUGCACCCGCCGUGACCGACGACGACAAGACGGAGGAGGCAACCGACGACGACAACAAGGAGAACGUGGAGGCCAAGAAGGAGGACGAGGACAAGACCGAGGAGGCUGACGAGGCCGAGGACAAGAAGGACGAAGACAAGAAGGGCGAGGACAAGACGGAAGAGGACAAGACCGAGGAGGACAAGACCGACGAAGCUGACGAGGCUGAGGACAAGAAGGACGAAGACAAGACAGAGGAGGCUGAGGACAAGAAGGACGAAGACAAGACAGAGGAGGCUGACGAGGCUGAGAACAAGAAGGACGAAGACAAGAAGACCGACGAGGACAAGAUGGACGAGGAGAAGGACAGCGAGAAGAACAAGGCUGACGCCGAAACCAAGCCCGAGUCCCCCAAGCGUGAGGCAGAGGAAGACACUGAGGCGAGCAAGAAGGCCAAAACAGAGGAGUAA